AUGACCAGAAUUAAACGCGGAUAUAUAGCUCGGAGACGUAGAACAAAAAUUCGUUUAUUUGCAUCAAGUUUUCGAGGGGCUCAUUCAAGACUUACUCGAACUAUUACUCAACAGAAAAUAAGAGCUUUGUUUUCGGCUGAUCGAGAUAGGGAUAAGCAAAAGAGAAAUUUUCGUCGUUUGUGGAUCACUCGGAUAAACGGAGUAAUUCGAGAAAGGGGAGUAUCCUAUAGUUAUAGUAAAUUAAUACAUCAUCUAUACAAGAAACAGUUGCUUCUUAAUCGUAAAAUACUGGCCCAAAUAGCUAUAUCAAAUAGGAAUUGUCUUUAUAUGAUUUCCAACGAAAUCAAAAAAGAAGUAGAUUUGAAAGAAUACACCGCAAUAAUUUAA